CUGUAACUGUUACUCAAAAGGCAAUUAGAAAGUUUUUUUUUUUUCUACGAUGAGUCUACUCUUCUCUUCUCGUGUUUAUUAGGAUUUGAAUAAAGAAUGUUGCGAUCAGUUGAUUUUUCUCUCGACGAGACUUGUUGAUUUGUUUGGAAACAAGUUCUGAAACUUGAGGGUUUUAAUUCUAGUUUAAAGAAGAUGUCUAUAGAAGUGAAGUUGGUGGAACGAAAUUGUCGGUGUCUUGAGUUAGAAGAAAGGGUUUUGAAAAGUGAAGAGAAGUACACCGAGUUAGAAACAGAGUUGCAGAAACAGAACAAAGAGUGUGAAUCACUUGAAUUGAGGGUUAAGGAAUUGGAAUCUGAGAAGUUGGUAGUGGAAGAAGAGUUGAGGAAUCUUAAAGAAUCUGAGGAGAGUUCAUUGCUUGAGCAGAUGAUGGUGAACGGAGCGUUGGAGAUUGAGAAACAGGUGGCUGUGAAAGAAGCUAAGGGUUGGAAGACAAAGUUUGAGAAACUUGUGGAGACGGUUCGAAAGUUAGAUGAGAUUGGUGGGUUUAGAUAUGGAGAAUUGGAAUUGGAUGAGAAUGUGAAGCUAGGAUUGGAGUUAGCUAGGAUCAAGGAUAAUACUGAAUCUUGUAAAGUGGAUAAAGAUUCUCUGAAUAGGGAAGGGUUAGGUUAUCAUCAAGGUUCAGGCUCACCUUAUAUGACCACACCGGUCAAAGACUACUAUAUCUUGGGGAGAGACAGAGAUAACAUGUCUUCUCGGGGACGAGUAAAUAAGAUGUUGUCGUUUGAAGAUGAUGCUGGUGAAACAGAGGAGAGAAGCGAGAAGGAAUCUUUUGAUGCUAUGGAUGCUUUAGAGGGGAGAAGUAUUGAUGAGAACUAUGAAGAUGAAGAUGUUGAAUCUUGUGAAGCUGACAAAAGCACUCCUUGUGGUCGUAAGAGGAAACGGGUUAUUGCCAGCGAUUCAGAAACUGAUGAUGAAGAUAAUAUACCUAUUUCAGUACUCAAGAACUUGAAACCAAGUGACCAAGAGAUGGUAGAUACACCGACCAAAGGAGAGAGUGGUUCCAGGAGAUUGAGUGGUCAGCGUCGUCGAGUAUCCUCAAGACUGAGGAAACAGAGAGUUUCUGAAGAGAUCUCAAAUUCACCAGAGAGAGUUGUGGGGAUCCCAACAAUUGGUAAUGCCGAGGAUGAUGAGACAGAAGAAGAGCCAGAGAGCGAAACCGCAAGUUUGGAUGGGUUUAUUGUUGCUGAUUGUGAUGAUGAUGAUGAUAGUCAAGUGAGUGUCAGUGAAAACUCUGAUCAUGAAACCGGAGAAGAGGAGUCUGAUGGAGAAACCGGUUAUGCGGAUGUCAUGUCAAUGUUGAGGCGGGAGAAGAAACCCGAGAAGCGGAAAUGGGAGUACGAGGCAGAUAUGCUUGCGGAUUUCGGUAAAGAUCCCGAGCUUUGUAUGAGAGCGGUUUGUGUUAUGUAUAGGCUUCAAACAGAUGAUGAAAAGUUGAGUAGCUCAAGCCAUAUCUGCAAUGGUAUCGGUUUCAACAAGUUUGAUGCUGCAAGGGGAACUUACAUAGCGAGUUUUCUGACGGAUGGGGAUCCCAAGAAUGAUUUGAAGAAAUCGGUUGAAGAAUUGGAAAUUUUCGACUAUAAAGCCGUUGAGGAUUGCGAAAAAUUUGCAUGCCGAUACUGGAAACAACUCUUCAAGAUAUAUAACAACAGAGAUGAUCCUUUCUUCGCUCGUCCUCCAUCUCCAUAAUAAUAGCUUUGGGGAAUAAGCCUCACCGUGAACAUGUUUAUAUUAUGGUGCUUUUUGGGUCCUGAUGAUGACUGAAACAUAGGUUUGAAUGAAUAAAUUUUUUGUUACAAAUUUUUUAACAGUCCAAAACAUGAUGAGCCUACGCACGCUCCACCAAGUACCUGGUGUCCUGGCAUAAUGUAUAGUUCCUUCGAUUGAGAGGGCAUUUCUAGCCU